GAGCCGCAGCAGCCGCAGCAGCCAUGCCCGCCAGAGCAGCGCCGGGCUGCGAGCUGGCCCGCGUGUCCAGCGUGAAGCAGCUCCCGGAGCAGGAGAAGGGCUCAGCCAUGGGGAACUCGGACAGGGAACGCAAAUCGUCCUACGAGGACGUGUCCGGGGAGCCGGGGGGGCUCGGGGGGGCGCUCAGCACCAUCUCCAGCAGCAGGAGCCCCCUGCAGCCCCCCGAGGACGAGGAGCCCUUCACCACCUACUUCGACAGCAAGAUCCCAAUCCCCGAGGAUGAGGCGCACUCCUGCUUCAGCCUGCGCAAGCUGUGGGCGUUCACGGGCCCCGGGUUCCUGAUGAGCAUCGCCUACCUGGACCCCGGCAACAUCGAGUCCGACCUGCAGUCCGGGGCCGUGGCCGGCUUCAAGCUGCUCUGGGUGCUGCUCCUGGCCACCAUCAUCGGGCUGCUGCUGCAGCGGCUGGCGGCCCGGCUGGGCGUGGUCACCGGGCUGCACCUGGCCGAGGUGUGCCACCGCCAGUACCAGAAGGUCCCGCGGAUCCUCCUGUGGCUCAUGGUGGAACUCGCCAUCAUCGGCUCCGACAUGCAGGAGGUGAUCGGCUCUGCCAUCGCCAUCAACCUGCUCUCCGUGGGGAAGAUCCCUCUCUGGGGAGGAGUGCUCAUCACCAUUGCUGACACCUGUUUCCUCUUCCUGGACAAAUAUGGCUUGAGGAAGCUGGAGGCGUUUUUUGGGCUCCUCAUCACCAUCAUGGCCGUGACCUUUGGAUAUGAGUAUGUGACAGUGAGGCCCAACCAGCAGAAGCUGCUGCAGGGGCUGUUCAUCCCCUACUGCAAGGACUGUGGCACUCCCCAGCUGGAGCAGGCUGUGGGCAUCGUGGGCGCCGUCAUCAUGCCCCACAACAUGUACCUGCACUCGGCCCUGGUCAAGUCCCGCCAGGUGAACCGGGCAGACAAGAGGGAGGUGAGAGAAGCCAACAAAUAUUUCUUCAUCGAGUCGUGCAUCGCUCUCUUCGUCUCCUUCAUCAUCAACAUCUUCGUGGUGACCGUGUUUGCUGAGGCUUUCUUCAACAAGACCAACGCAGACGUGAACCAGGUCUGUGCCAACUCCAGCAGCCCCCACUCCUCCCUGUUCCCCAACAACAACGAGACCCUGGAGGUGGACAUCUACAAGGGGGGCGUGGUCCUGGGCUGCUACUUCGGCCCCGCCGCGCUCUACAUCUGGGCCAUCGGCAUCCUGGCGGCCGGGCAGAGCUCCACCAUGACCGGCACCUACUCGGGCCAGUUCGUCAUGGAGGGCUUCCUGAACCUGCGCUGGUCCCGCUUUGCCCGGGUGCUGCUCACUCGCUCCAUCGCUGUCACCCCCACGCUCUUCGUGGCCAUUUUCCAGGACGUGGAGCACCUGACGGGCAUGAACGACUUCCUGAACGUCCUCAUGAGCCUCCAGCUCCCGUUCGCGCUGAUCCCGGUGCUCACCUUCACCAGCCUGCCCAGCGUCAUGCACGACUUCGCCAACGGCUUGUUCUGGAAGGUGGCCGGGGGGCUCCUGAUCCUCCUCAUCUGCUGCAUCAACAUGUACUUCGUGGUGGCUUAUGUGAUGUCCCUGCACAACCUGGGGCUCUACAUCGGGGCUGCCGUGCUCAGCGUCGUCUACCUGUCCUUCGUGGCCUACCUGACGUGGCUGUGCCUCGUUGCCCUGGGCGCCUCCUUCCUGGCCUGCGGGAACACGGGCCGCCUGGGCUUCGCCGCCCGCCCCGAGCUCUUCCUCCUCGGCCACGUGGACCCCGAGCCGCCCGUGCCCAGGUGACAGCGCCAGGAGCAGCCCGGACCUCCAGGACCCCCCAGUUAUGGGAUGGACCCCCGGGACCCCUCCCUGCCCCGGGACCCCGAGCCCCGGGCGCGGCAGAGCAGAGCAGAGACCCGGGACAGCAGGACCAGGAGGAGCCCCCCGAGCCAGGGCCCCUCAAAGCUUUUCCCCUUUAUCCCCCCAAGGCAGCUCUGGGAAGGGUCCGUUGAUGCUUCCUGGAUUUCCAUUCCCAUCACUCCAGUACGACUUUGAUCCUCGGGGGUUUCCCUAAUCUGGGGAGAUUCCGGAAUUCCCAGAUGUGCUGCCAGGCUCUGGCCUUGGGCCAGGGUUGACACAAGGGUCACAAGCAUUUCCCAGCAUUUAUUUCCCAGCAUUUCCAGGAGUUUUGGGUUCUUCCAGAGCUCCAAAUCCACCCUCAGAAGGGUUUGAGGGCAGCAGUUCCCAAAAAAUGUGAUGGAGCAUCGGGAAUUUCCUUCUCUGCGGUUUUUAGCCUGUUUUAGAAAUAAAAAUUUUGCUACCCAG